CACCGUCCCCGAGCCAUGGCACAUCCAUCACCAGCCUCGUUUCGCUUUCGCAUCAAGCAAUCAGCCGAAGCAAGCAAUCUAGCAACUCCAGCCGCCUCAACUCCCAAGGCAAGAGGAAGCGUCGGAGAGAACCAAUCGGCAGAGAUCCAAUGGCAAUGGCAAUGGCGACGGCACCGUCCUCAUGCGCCGUGUCGUUCCCGGCCCGCCCGGCGGCGGCUGCCCGGCCCCGCGGCGCCGGUGGGGUGGUCUGCGCCGCCGCCGGGGCGGCGGAGGGCGGCAGCGGCAAGUGGUGGGCGCCGCUGCUGGGGUGGUCCGGGAAGGCCGACUACCUGGAGGCCCCGGCGCCGGUGGCUGCUGCCCAGGACGGCGCCGCGGCGGCGGCCCGGAGGCAGUUCGUGGGCGGGCUGACGGAGGAGAAGGCGCGGGAGCUGCGGGCGCGGAUGGCGCAGACGGAGUCGUUCCACGACGCCAUGUACCACUCCGCCAUCGCCUCCCGCCUCGCGCGCUCCGCCUAGGCCGGGCCGGGGCCACACUGCCGCCGCGGAGACGAGGCAGGCGCGGACCAGCUCGCCGGCGCCGCCAUCCCACCUCCGUCUCCGCGUGCGCUGUACAUAGCUAGUAGUUGCCUAGGCGAGGAGUGAUUAGGCGAGCGAGAGGGAGGGAUUAGGGAAGGGGGACUCUGGUUUUUAGCGAGGGGAUCCCGUUCCUGCUCUGAUCCCUGCCGCGUGUGCAUCUUGUUUUCGAUCCCGCGAUCAGUUACGGGUGGCAAAUUGAAAACAAUGUUUUGUUUGUGUUACCAAUUCACUACGACCUAUUCUCGGCUUCAUGUUUUGAAAA